CUUUCUUUGGACGUGCUUCGAUAUUUCAUAUAAGUGUGAAACCGCGCGGCCCCGUUUCUAUCUCCCGCCCCAAGUGCCCCAGUCUCCGCGACUGGACCCGAUGUUUCUUGGAGCGAUAACUUUACUUGCAGGUUUCCCAGCACCCAAGCUAUCGAGGCUACCAAAUGGUGUCCCAAACCUAGGUACUCGUUGCAAAGAGAACGUUGUACCUACCCUUUACGUUUCUAGCCUCAUCGAAUUAAGAAUCUGGGUUGGAUUUGGGAUAGAGGCUAUUUUGUUUCUCCCCGAGAGCCUUUUACCCCUUCUCAAUUUUCCUCUCCGUCUCAUGAUACCCAAGCCACAUAGGUACUCUUUUGGGUCUUUUGCUCUCUACUCUGUAGUCUGUACUCGAUCGCCUUGCGUCGGUCAUUAUUCGUACUUUUGUCUCGACCGGCUUACUUCCAUCGUUUCAUCCCUUCUUUUGCAUCUAGCUCAUUGGACCGUCGGCGACCGUGCUCAUCAUCGAGUCUGCUCACCUACCACACUCACACAUCCUUCGUUGGUUCGAACCCACGAGCCUCUCUGCCUUUUUUUUUCUCUCUCUUGUGCCCGCCGUGCGUGGUAGUGUAUUGAGUGAGGUGCUGCCUUUCAGCUUCCCUUCCCUUCCCUUCCCUUCCCU